UUAGUGGGAAGGCGUUAUUGGCGUAAUUGAGCGCAUCUGAAUAAUGAAUGAGUGGGAAGAGGUUUCAGGCUUGUCUGUCUGUGCGUCAUAGUGCUACGGGAUGAGGCUUCGUUAAGACACCAACCGCGAGGACUACUAGGAGAUCGAGGAGAGAAAAGUGCGGUACCGGAACUGUAUAGCGCGAGGGGAACAUUCUCAUGCACCGACCACCAAGUCAUUUACAACAGUGAUAAAGUGAAGCAGGGCAUGGCCGGCCAGCCGUUCCGGGCCACCUUCAUCUGGGGCAGCAUCAUCUCCACCCUCCAGUCGGGCGUGGAGGUGAAGCGCCGACGCCACAACUUGAAGGCCUACCAGGACUGCUUCCUGGGGUCGGAGGCCGUGGACGUGGUCCUGGCCCACGUCAUCCAGAGCCGUUUCUGCGGCGACGAAGAGGUGCCGCGCUCCAAGGCUGUGCGUCUGUGCCAGGCGCUCAUGGACUCGCACGUGUUCGAGGGCGUGGGAACCUGCGUGUUCGGGAAGGAGAAGAGGAGGGCCACGUUCGAGGACAGCAGCUGCAGUCUCUACCGCUUCCUCGGCGGGGGGGCUGGUUCUCCCGGGCUGACCGGGUCGCACUCUACCAGCACUCUCGAGAGCGGCUACGACUCCCCCAGCAUUGACAGGAACAGCCAUCCCAGCGAACGACAAGAGUUUCCCAGCUACAUCACACACUCGCCGGUGAAAACAGACAAGUCCCUGGAAGAGGUCCUAGGGCACCUGUGCGUGAGCUCUACCAUCACCCCCCAGAUGGUCCACCUGGGGCUCUCCCAGGAACUGGUGGACGAGGUGUGGAGGCAGCAGGCGGUGAGCAGACUGCUGCUGCUGAUAGAGCUCCCCCUGCUGGAGAACCUGCUGCAGGACAGCCCCACACACACACCCCCCCUGCACGGCCUGGACAGUGACCCAGACCUGCUCUCCUCCUCCAGCUACUUGGACAGAGAGGUGCUCAAGGCCUUCAGCGAGGCACAGGCUGAUGAGUGGUUGUCAGCAGCCGUAGACUGUCUGGAGUUCCUCCCGGACCAGCUGGUAGUGGAGGUGAGCCGAGCUCUGGGCUGCUGCUCUGAGGACCGCGGCCAGAGCAAGAGGCUGCUGUACGGGCUGAUGGCCCGGGAGUAUGGAGCCCAGCGCCCACCCCUGCUGUGCAACCACGUCUUCGACAUCCACACCGGGAUCUCUGACCUGCUGGUGAACGGGAAGCAGCAGCAGGCCCUGGAGGCGCUGCAGGUGUGUGUGAGGCUGCAGGACGGGCGCAGCAGGGAGGAACUACGGAGGCUGCUGAGGUUCAUGGCUGUGGCCGCCAAAUCGCAGGAGGUCAAACUACACCCUGAGAUAGAGAACAGGAUGGCGGUGAAGAGGUCGUUCUCCAGGGCCCUCGUCUGUCCUGCACGUCUGGCCAAGGGCAAGGUGGACCUGAUGGUGCUGUUUCUGCUGGACAACCACUCGGACCUGUUCAAGAUUCCCGUGUCGCUGCACAAGCUAGUGAGCGACAGGCUGACCGACAUUGUGAAGGGCAAGGAUGCGGACGUCAGCACAGGUCCCUCCUUCUGCAGUCGGGUCACAGGGAGGGCGUUUGAGGAGAACGCUCACCAGACCACGAAGGAGGAGUUGUGGUCACUGCUGAGGACGAUCACAGAGAACCCCCGACUCUCCCCCAAGGAGAAGAGACGCUUGCUGGGACAGUUCUACAGGGGACACCCUGAGAUCUUCAUCCAGUACUUCGGCAGCAGGAUCUCUAGCUGACGUGGAAUCUGCUCCGUUGAGGGUUAGAAAAGUAUUUUGUAUGAUAUGUAAAGUCGCUCGACCGAAAACAAAGGUCUUGUAAAUGUUGUAAGAAAAAUGCACAUAUGUACAAACGGAUUCUAUUGACUUGAAUGUGACAAAAAGAUUAAUGUGAAAGCUAAUAAAUAUAUUUUCUGUUGUUGUUUGAA